GUCAGUAGACGUUGAAAGCUGGCCAAGCGCGGUUCGUUCGUUGGAAAAGCGGCAAGGACGAAAAAUCCUGUCACUAACGGCACGCCGUGUCUGUCUCUGUGUGUGUGUGUGUGUGCGUGCGUGUUUUGGUUUUUUUUUUUACCCGGCUGCGCCUUGUAAACAAAAAUAACUGUGCUUGUUGUGUCUGUGUGCGAGCGACGGAGCGUGCUAGUGUGCGACGUUUCGGUGGUGGUUAACAACCCCCAGCAACGAUAAGAACAACAACGACAGCACGAACGGCUACAACAACUACAAAGCUCGUAGUGGCAAGGGCAAAUCCAGCAAAGUUUUCGGGGUUGCAGACAGUUGGCAAACAAGCUGCGAAUAUCCGUUUAAAUAGCCAUAAAUAUUCAACAAAAAUAGAAUCGAAAAAAGCAUAAAAUUCAAAAAUGAGCGAUGCAGGCGGUACGAAUGGCUAUCAAAAGAUGCCGCCCGGUUGGGACUGCAAAUAUGAUCAAACGACGGGCAACUGCUAUUACAUAAACUAUCUGACCAAGGCUAUGCAGCUGGAGGAUCCACGCGCUGGACGCAGCAGCUACAAACAGUUGCAAAAUGAACGCUGCUCCACAGAGUCCAUAGCGCUGCAGCCCCUGGCGCCGCACUCCCAUCACAGCUCACCCUUCCAUGUGGUGCAUCCCAGCAACAAUCUAACCGCCGUGCGUGCCUUCCAGGAGCGCGCCUUACACAAUCUGUCGUCGAGUCCGUUGCUCUCCGCCUCCUCGCGUGGACAACUGGAGCUCUCUUCGCCCCUGCCUGUGCAGCGUGCCCGCUUGCCCUCCAACAUGUCGCGUCGUUCCACCAUUCAGGAGACCUCGUUCAGCGACACGCAGGCCGUGGUCACCAAGAUACAGAAUAUGUUUCCCACAGCCGAUGAGAAUCACAUACGGCUAUUGCUGAAACGCUAUUAUAAUCGCGAGGCUGUCGUCAUCAGCGCUUUGCAGGUGGAAAAGCAUCCCGUUACCAUGCCUGGUCCAUUUGUCACGCCUCCCGCCCAGCGUCACUUGUUCCACAGCAAUUCCGCUUUCUAUAUGACACCACCGGCGCGCCGCCUGGACAUGGGCGCUAGUCGGGCAACAGUUACAUCACGCACGGCCAGUCCCCUGCCCGGCGGCCGCUUCGGUAGUCUCAUGAGCAUGCAAAGCGGACACCAGCCCACAGGAGCAGCGGGACCGGCUGGAGUUGGAGCCGGAGCCGGAGUCGGAGUGGGGGCUGUGGGCCUGCAUGGCUCGCCGCAAUGGCGCAGCUCACCGAAGCCCCACUCCUCGCCCAAAAUGAAAUUGAGAUACAUGAAGAACAUAUUCCCCAAGGCGGAUGAGAUGUUGCUGCUGGACAUCCUGGCCAAUGCGGACAACAAUGUGCAGUUCGCCUCGGAGAAGCUGAUCUCGCUGGGCUAUGUCAAGCGGGACAUGCAGCAGCCACACAGACCCAACAAUCGACCGCCGCAGCUGGAGUCGGAGCAGCAAGCGGGCCAGGAGCAGGCGGUGCAGUAUAUACCGUUGCGGCCCAAGGAGUACACAGCCGAGCAGAAGGCAGAGAUGGAGUCACAGCUCAAGCUGAAGUAUCCACACAUAGCUGAGCGCAUCAUUUUGAUGGCCCUGGAGUCGGUGAACUAUGCUGAGGAUCGGGCCACGCAAAUCCUGCAAAUCGUGCAGGAUGAGGAUGAGCAACGCAACCAGAAGCAAACGCUGAGCAAAUCUCAGCCUGCUGCAAGUGAAAUGAAGCUGAAGGUGGAUCAAGUGGAUGCCACACAGAGCAGCAAGCCACAUAAGCAACAUCGCCAUUUGCCAUCCAUCAAUGUCAUCACACCCUCCACGGCCACCACACAGAUCAUCCUGAGCCAUGAGCAAACGCCGGAGCAGGUGCCAAACGAAGCUGCCUUCCAGUCGGAGCCGGAGCCGGAGCCUGCCAGCCAGCUGAAGCAGCCCCAGACUAUGUCUGCUUCCAGCAUUUCCAGUGCAUCCACGCACUCAUAUGCCUCGCCUCCACACUCGCCCACGCGUCCCAACUAUGAACGUUUGACCACCAAGAGCAUGCUGGCGCGUUCCAGUUGCUACAACAACAACAACAUUAGUAGUGGCAACAACACCAACAACAACAACAGCAUCAGCAGCUAUGCCUCGUAUAGCACAUCGAUGGGAUCUUCCUCUGUUUCGGCCAGCUCCAUAGUGAAGGCAUUCGAAAGUCGCGCGCGCACCAAAACCGAUUCACUGAAACAACGACAGCAUUCCUCCCAGCUGGACAAUGGACAACAUUUGGAAUCGGGUGAAUUUCAAUCGCUAAUCGAACGAAUGGCAACGCUGGGAGCCAAUCCACAGCUAGCCAAGGGAGCCGAUGAGAAUCUCUUGCUCGCCGACUACGUCACUUGGAAUGGACCAAACACUACGCUCUGUCAGAAGCAAACACCACAGGGGCCAGAUGCUGGCCUUAUAGGCGGAGAACGUGGCUACAAGGCAGUUGGUCGAAACGCGGAGCUCUGCAAGGGCCCCAAUAAGGAGCUGAGCAAAGGGAGCAUCUAUGCGCGCAGCAAAGGCGCCAACAUCAAAUGCAACUAGAAUUCGCCUGGCAGAGAUUCUUCACGUGCCAAAAA